AUGAUUGGAAGCAAAGCGGCAACGUUCAGUCCCAUUACCCCUCCGUCGUUUCCGCUAGCUGUCAAGAACCCCUACCUUUCAGCCUGGCUUCCCGGGAACCAGGCCGCAGACCUGCCGUCCGCCCAACCGGAGUUCUGGUACGCCAAUAAGCUGACAUGGAGUGUUCUUGCUCGUGUUGAUGGGGAUGUCUACAACCUUUUUGGUGUCCCCUCACCCGAAGAUGGCACGCAAUCUGCAACCGUCGUUAGUGGGAACUACACAGCGACCCACUCCAUCUUCAGCUUGACUGCCGGGUCCGCCUCCAUCACGCUGGAUUUCUUCUCGCCCAUCUCCGUGGACAACCUGGUUCGGCAAUCCUACCCGUUCUCCUAUCUCACUGUUAGUGUCAGUGGGGUUGACGGAGCAUCUCCUUCUGUGCAAAUAUACUCAGACAUCGAUGACACGUGGACUGGUCAGUCUGAAGGUACUACGAUCACGCACACAGCUGACGGUGCCACUACACUGUUCGAGCUGGAAGCCAAUGUACAGAAGCACUACUCUGAGGCAGACGAGAUGGCCCAGUGGGGUCAAGCGAUCUACGCUGCAAGAACCGAUUCCUACCAAGCGGGGACUGCAGCCGCUGUCCGAGGACAGUUCAUCAAGAACGGAACCCUGGCCAACUCCACCGAGUCUGCGGCCGGCAACGUUGUGGGGUUCGCCCAGGAUCUCGGUUCCGUCUCCUCGUCCCAGCAAGUCGUGUUCGUCGUCGGCUACGUCCGCGAGGAUGCCAUCGACUACCGGGGUACCGCAUACACGCCUUAUUACCGCUCAGCGUACCCGAAGACCAUCGGUGCCGUCUCACGCUUCCUUGACAUUCACGAUGAUGCAGUCACGGAGUCUGAGUCGUUCGAUGCUCAGGUCGUCUCUGUUGGUGAUGCCACUGGCGGCUCCAACUACACUGCCAUCUUGGAACUGUCUACGCGUCAGAUAUUCGGUGGUAUUGACAUUACCAUCGAAAAGAGUUCGCUCGACACGAGUGAGCCUUGGGCUUUCAUCAAGGAGAUCUCCAGCAACGGAAACCUGAACACUAUCGACAUCAUCUUCCCUACUUUCCCGUUCUUUUACAUGUUUGCUCCCAACUGGAUCAAAUACCUCCUUGACCCGACACUAACCUACCUUGAGUCAGGCGCGUAUCCUCACCCUUAUGUCAUCCACGACCUAGGCACGCACUAUCCUAAUUCCACCGGCCACGAUGAAGGCCUGGAGGAGGCUAUGCCCAUCGAAGAGACAGGUAACCUCAUGGUCCUAGCCUUGGCCCACAAGCAGGCAACCGGUGACGCGUCGAUCUAUGAGUCGCACACGGAGCUGUUCAAGGGUUAUGCCGACUACCUCGUCGACAACGGCCUUUACCCCACCAACCAGUUCUCGACCAACGACGGGCUGGGCAAGUUCACCAACAUGACCAACCUGGGCGUCAAGGCGGCCGUGGGGCUCGCAGCCUACGGGGAGCUCAGCGGCUCGACCAACUACACAGACAAGGGCAAGGAGUUCGCCGGCACGAUCUGGGAGGGGCUGGGCACGGCGGUGACGGAUGACACGGAGACGCGCUACUUUACGCUGACGUACGGGAACUCGACGUGGUUCCUGACGUUCAACCUGUACGCAGACAAGCUACUGGGGCUGGAGGUGUUCGACGAUGAAGUGUACACGGCGCAGUCAGCCUUCUACCCGACGGUGCGCGACGAGUGGGGCGUGGCCAUCGAGGGUGCGGUCGUAUGGGCCAAGACGGACUGGCAGAUGUGGACGGCGGCCUUUUCGGAAGAGGGCACGCAGGAGAUGUUUAUUAAUGACCUGUACGCGUUUAUUGCUAACGGCAAGAACACGGCGCCGUUUGGAGACCGGUAUUGGACCAGCGGAGCCAAUGCGGGCGAGACGGCGCAGAGCUUCAGGGCGAGGCCGACGCUGGGCGCGCACUUUGCUGUGGCGGCGCUGAAGCAGGGCGUCCUGAGCAAGGCGUAA